GCGGGCGUCACCCUGGGGCCGGGAGACCCCGGGACCCCCAGCCCGGCGCCCCGCAGAGGGAGGCGGAGAACCGAGUCCUGCCUCAGGCUUGAUGAGCCCUGGGGCGGAUUGUGGCUUUUACUCCUUCCUCGUUUCCUCCCCUCAGAACUUUGUUUUAUUUUUAUCCGCUUUUGCCAACCUGCUUGUUUGGCUUUAUUUUCCUAGAGUGACUCCUAGAGCGACUUAGCUGUUUUCCGUUUUAUUUAGAGUGAUUUUGUCCGUUUCCUAGCUUGCUUCCCGUUUCUCUCAAUUUUAAAUUCAUUUCUAGGCUUCUUUUUUGGGGUGUGGGGGAUUGGGGUAAUGUUUCUUUUACAUCAAAGCAGCUCUGAUAAUUCUCCAUAAAGCAAAUAAAACGUGCAAGAGGGAGGGAAGAAAGGGCACAUUUUGGCUUGGCGAUUUCUGAAAUGAAGAAACUUUCCAAUUUCUUUUUUAUUUUUCCAUUAGCAGUGCCCUGAUGCAGGCGUGUGGAAAGCGUGUCGCGUCUGGUUGCGCUGACGUCUGUGUGAGCCCCGCACGCCUGAGCCCCUUAGCUCGGGUCCUCGGUGUUGCCCUGGGUGGGAGGCGGGCGGCCCGUCCUCUGGUUUUGGUGGCCAUGUCGGGGUCCCUCUCACCAGGGAGGGCUCGGGCUGCUUCGGGUCCCUCGGGCUUCGUGUGCGAGUGCUUGUGCAGGUGGGAUUGCCCAGGGCGGUGGUGCAGGCGGGGCGGAGAGACCUGCAGCUUCUCUGUCUGUUCCAGGUGCCCCGUGGGCCCUCUGCCCUCCUCGGAGAGGGGCCGCAGGGGAAAUGGCCACUCGGCUGCUGCCAGCCCGGGCUCAGGAGUUUGUGACGUUCAGGGAUGUGGCCGUGCUCUUCAGCCAGGAUGAGUGGGGGCACCUGGACCCUGCCCAGAGAGCCCUGUACCGGGAGGUGAUGCUGGAGAACUACAGCAGCCUGGUGUCGCUGGGAAUUCCGUUUUCCAAACCAAAGGUCAUCUCCCAGUUGCAGCAGGGGGAAGAUCCCUGGAUGGUGGAAAGAGCUCCUCGAGGCCCAUGUCCAGGACGAGAGAGCUUGCUUGGAACCACAGUUUCUGAAGAAAAUGAGGGAGUGAUAAUGAAAAAACUCAUAGAUCGUGGUCCUUUUCACUUCAAGUUGGGGAAAACCUACAUAUAUGAGGGCAAGUUGGAGAAACAACAAGGCAGAAAGAAUAAACCUUUCACUAAAGUCUUAGUUACCAUCAAAAAAACUUACACAAAGGAAAAGAGCUUUAAAGGUAUUGAAUUUGGGAAAACUCUUGGUCUAAAAUCAUCACUUAUUAGAAAACCCAAAGUUGUUUCCCGAGGACGGAAGCCCUAUUUACAGCAGUUUUCAAUUCUACUUAAACAGCUGGGAAUCAACACAGCACGUAAAUGUUAUAAAUGUAAUGUCUGUGGGAAAAUCUUCCUCCACAGUUCUUCCCUGAGUAAACAUCAGAGAAUCCAUACUGGAGAGAAGCUCUAUAAAUGUAAGGAAUGCAGGAAAGCUUUCAGCCAAAGCUCAUCCCUAACUCAGCACCUAAGAGUUCAUACUGGAGAGAAACCUUACAUAUGUAGGGAAUGUGGAAAAGCCUUCAGCUUCAGCACAUCUCUUAUUGGACAUCAGAGAAUGCAUACUGGAGAGAGACCCUAUAAAUGCAAUGUAUGUGGAAAAACAUUUAAAGGUAGUUCAUCCCUUAAUAAUCACCAGAGGAUUCAUACUGGAGAAAAGCCCUAUAAGUGUAAUGAAUGUGGAAGAGCCUUUAGUCAGUGCUCAUCUCUUAUUCAACAUCAUAGAAUUCAUACUGGAGAGAAACCAUAUGAAUGUAGUCAAUGUGGAAAAGCCUUUACCUCAAUAUCACGGCUAAGUAGACAUCAUAGAAUUCAUACUGGAGAGAAACCCUUUCGUUGUAAUGACUGUGGAAAAGUAUUCAGUUACCACUCAGCCCUUAUUAUACAUCAGAGAAUACACACUGGUGAGAAACCUUAUGUGUGUAAAGAAUGUGGGAAAGCCUUUAGCCAAAGUUCAGCUCUUAUACAGCAUCAAAGAAUUCACACUGGAGAGAAACCCUACAAAUGUAAUGAAUGUGGGAAAGCUUUCUCCUGGAUUUCACGGCUUAAUAUACAUCACAGAAUUCAUACUGGAGAGAAACCGUAUAACUGUAAAGAAUGUGGAAAAGCCUUCAGUUCCCACUCGGCAGUUAAUACACAUCGAAAAAUUCAUAGUGGAGAGAAACCUUAUAAAUGUAAUGACUGUGAAAAAGCCUUCAACCAAAGCUCAGCUCUAAUUCAACACCAGAGAAUUCAUACUGGAGAGAAACCAUUUAACUGUAAAGUAUGUGGGAAAGCCUUCAGACAGAGUUCAUCCCUUAUGACACAUAUGAGAAUUCAUACAGGAGAAAAGCCUUAUAAAUGUAAAGAAUGUGGGAAAGCUUUUAGUCAGAGCUCAUCCCUUACUAAUCAUCAGAGGACUCAUACUGGAGAGAAACUAAUUAAUACUGAUGAGAAACCCUACAGAUGUAAUGAAUGUGGGAAAACCUUCAGCCACAGAUCAUCCCUUCUUGCCCAUCAGAGAAUUCAUACUGGAGAGAAACCUUACAUAUGUCAGGAAUGUGAGAAAGCAUUUAGCAGUAGUUCAACUCUUAUCAAACAUCUGAGAGUACAUACUGGAGAGAAACCCUAUCAAUGUAAGGAAUGUGGUAAAGCCUUUAGCCAGUGUUCAACCCUCACUGUACAUCAGAGAAUCCAUACUGGAGAGAAACUAUAUAAAUGUGAUGAAUGUGAAAAGGCCUUCAAUUGUAGAGCAAAACUUCAUAGACAUCAAAGAAUCCAUACAGGUGAGAAACCCUAUAAAUGUGGUGAAUGUGGAAAAAGUUACAGCCAGUUUACAUCCUUGGUUGAACAUCAGAGACUUCAUACUGGAGAACAACUAUGUAAGUGUAUGGAAUGUGGGAGAACCUUCACACGCAUCUCAACCCUUAUUGAACAUCAGCGAAUUCAUACUGGACAGAAACCCUAUCAGUGUAAUGAAUGUGGGAAAACCUUCAAUCAGUAUUCAUCCUUUAAUGAGCAUCGGAAAAUUCAUACUGGGGAAAAACUUUAUAAAUGUGCAGAAUGUGGGAAAGCCUUUGGUUGCAAAUCUAACCUUUAUAGGCAUCAGAGAAUUCAUACUGGAGAGAAACCCUAUCAGUGUAAUCAGUGUGGAAAAGCUUUCAGCCAGUAUUCAUUCCUAACUGAACAUGAGAGAAUCCAUACUGGAGAGAAACUCUAUAAAUGUAUGGAAUGUGGGAAAGCCUACAGUUACAGAUCAAACCUUUGUAGACACAAAAAAGUUCACAAUAAAGAAAAACUCUAUAAAUGGAAGGAAUAUGGGAAACCAUUCAUGUACAGCCCCUCUUUUACUCAGUAUCAGAGAUUUCUUACAGAAUAUAAGCCCUACGAGGUUUAAUUCAUCUUCCAUAUGAUCCAAGACUUCUCACUGGAGAAUAAUCGGGAAUAAUAAAUAGGGCACAACUCCUAAAAGAUUUAGUUGUUUUUACUUCUGCAAGAAAUAUGCUAGUUACUGCUAAGUAGUGACAGAAUUGAUAGAUGAAAAUAUGAAGAGCACUGACUUGUCAACUUCUAUAAAAAUCAUUAAAUUCCAAGGAUUCUAAAACCCCACAAAUGAUUUUUAAUUCAUAGGAAAAUGUAAAAGUUCUAACUUUAAAACAUGAAAAAUUGUUGAAUAUAUUUUUUUCUGUCAUCAGAUUUGUUCCCAUUCUAAAAGUAAGGUACUAUAUGUCAGUUUUCUUUAAAAAUUAGUCAUUGUGGCACUGUAAAUAAUGUGAAUAUGAGUGGGCCCAUAUUUUUAAAUGGCAGGCAUAGGGAGUGCUCCUUUUCAUAAAGAGAAGCUAAAGCUAAAGAAUUCUUUAAAUUUAACUUAUUUCACAUGAAAAUAAUCAAACUCACUUUUUAUAUGCUGCCUCAAUUAGCAAGUUAUUUAUAUAUAGAUAUACAUAUAUACACAUGACAUGUGUGCAUGUGCACAUGGUAUUGGAAUAUAUGUGUAUUUUUCAGAAGUUCUUGAUAAUAAAAUGCAGCUUUCUUAAUUUUGAGAUUUUAUAUUUAGUUUUAAAAAUAAUAUUUGCCCCAAUGGAGGUUCUCUUCCUGUUCCCCUACUGCUUUUUCAUUUGCUGUGACUCUACUGCAUAGAGUCUUGUUAUGAUGUUACUACAGAAGGUGGAGGUAGUGAAGCCGAUGGAGAAACUGCCGUGACUACACUUUAUCUGUUGCAAAAUGUGUAUAUUUGACAGAAUCUCCAGCUAUAUGCCUGAUAGAAUACUUGAGCCAGGAAAGAGCUUACCAGUAAAGAAACUUAGGUUAGUGGGCAGUCAGGACUAGAAUCUUAAGUUUUCUGCUCUGGUGUUCUGUGGUAAUUUAAGGUUAAUUUCCAGCCUCUAGUCCCAGGAGAACAAUUCUUCUGUGAACUGGUUAAACACCAUUGCAGUAAUUUAAUCAGUAUUUUGGUCUGUGAGGUUUUCUCCCCCUUGUUUAAUUCUUAAUAAUUGACUUACAGCCAUGUUCUUCCUUUAUUUUAUAAGUCCCUGAUUAUUCCUGCUCUGUUGAUAACUGUACUUGAAUCCUCAAACCCAGCUGAGGUCUAGAUGCUAUCAUUGCUUUAGGGAGGUUUCAUAUCCAAGGUUGUUUUGUUGUUUGUUAGACAUCUUUUUGAAAUUAUUUUGUGUACAUAUACAUGGAAAUCUUAUUUUUAAACGUUGUAUUCAUCAGUUUAAACUGCUAUCCAAGUUUUCCAUGAUUUCAAGAAACAUUUCAUUCUCCAUCUGGGCCUGUUUCCUCCAAUUUUCUGUUUGACUUUCACAAUUAUUAUCAUGUAAAAAAUGUUUUAAUUCACUUAGAACCCUCUGCCUGAGAAACGUUUUAGAAUUAAACUGAAGCAUUCGGUAUAGUAUAUUUCCUAAAUGAUUUGUUUUAGUUGAUCAGAAAGUAUCUUUUUAUAAUUUAACUAUAUUCACAAGUAAAAUGAGGCUUUUAAACAGGCCUCAGUAUUCAACAUUGUACACAGCCAUUUGCAAGAUUGUUUAGAUAAAAAUGUUUGGUUACCCAAUAGCAGUGAGUAUGCUUAGUACCCAGAUUUUCGUUUCUAAAUACUGUUCCACGCCAUGGCCUUGGAGAAAUGGCUUCCAUGUUUGGAGGAGUGAAAGCAUCAGAUAUGCCUGGAAUAUUUUUUAUGAAAGAAAAAGGGAAGGUGACAUGUGAGUAUUAAUAGGAUAAUAUCAGAAGGACACAGAAGCCAGCUUGAAGGAAUUGCCACUGCCAAAUUUGGGACAGCUUAAACAUCAAAAAUAAUAGUGACUGUAAUUGAUUAUAUCAUAUGAAAUAAACAGGUACAUAAUAAUGAAAAUAGAAAAAAAUGAAAACUAUAAUCUGAAGAAUGUCAUCUUUUAAAUGUCCAUGGGAUAAUAGAUUUAGAGAAAUCACCACUUUACAAUCCUUCAUGUAAUUAAAUCAGGCAAAAAUCAUCAAUGGAUGGCCAAAUUCAUUAUGUGAAUGAUUUUUAGAGAAUACUAUUUGCCUAGUGUCAAAGGAUCAGAUACUUACCAGUUACAAAAGAAUGAUACACCUUUAUAAUGGACAGACCUGGCAGUCAGUUUCACUAACAGUGGGCCCUGUUGUUAUGUGGCUCCUGAUGAGAUGCAGUGUGGAGUCCAUCUCAUUAUCUCUAGUGGAUUCUUGCUGUAGGUGUUUAACCAAAAUCUAGGUCUCUUAUCUUUCUGUUUAAAAGAAAUGCAUGGAAUAGAGUAACAAGUUGAAUCACAUGAAGAAAUAACCAUACAAAUCCAGAGUUUGGAGAAUUCUGCAAGACAAUUGGUCUGGGCUCUUCAAAAACCCAUGUGAUAAAACAAAAAAAGUGACCUCUUCUAGAUUAAAUUGCUCAGAGACAACCAAAUUCAAGGUGUGUUCCUUAAUCUGGCUUCUCAUUCAGGAAAAAUAAAAUAGUUAUAACAGACAUUAUGUGGGAUAAUUGGGGGAAGUAUGAAGAUGGAAUGAGUAUUAGAUUAUGUUGUAUGUUUAAUUUUCCUAGAAGUGAUACUGGUAUUGAGGUUAUAUAGGAGAAUGUCCUUAGGAGAUGCAUGCAGAAGUAACUCAGUUUGGAAAGUCAUGAUGUCUGCAACAUUUUCAAGUAGUUCAUCUGAGAAAGCAUGAGAUAAAGCAAACAUAAAAAUAUUCAACUGUUGAGUCCUUGUGGAGGAUGUAGUGAUGUUCAUCAGUCAUCUAAGCUCUUCAGUAUGUUUGAAACUGUUAAUAAAAAAUUGCAGCAGAACUCAUGGGACAAACUGAUGGGAUUAUUACGAGUCUUCAGUCAGAAUUCUCUCUUUAUGCUCUCAGAAAGUCCCUGUCUGAGAGUUCAUUCUCCAGGGCUGUAAUCACUGGAAAUAAAAUAACUUUGGGUCUGUUCCAGUUGGACUUAGGGUGGACUCCAUUUUAUCUUCAUUUUCCAUUUUAUCUUUCCCACCAAGAUUAACUGAAAACCCUGACUGUCUGAGAAUCUUGAAAAGUAAUGGGUGCAGGCAGAUUUGAGAAGGAAACCAGAAUUGGAAAUAAAGCCGAUCUGGCACUCCCAGGCAUUCCUGUGGUGAGGACAGUGGUGACUGAGCCAGCACUUAAAUCUCUGCAUGUGCCAGAGGAACUGUGGGCCUGAGAGCACUGGGAAGACCCCAUUGCUUUCCCCCUCACCCCCUGACUUCUUGCUGCUUGGACCUGAAGAUAGCCGUGUCCAUGAGGUUUGUAGCAGAGUGGAGAAUCUAAAGCCUUGUAUUUCCAACCAGAAGACCAGGAAGGGGGAGGGGCCGCUGGGACCUGGAAUGAGCCAGAGUGGACACAGAGGAAUCUCAAGAAAGUGAUGUUGAUUUUGCAUAUGAACUUCCGGUCUCACCCCCAGUCUGCGCAUGCAUGGAUACAUAUGACCUUAACCAGGAGAGACCUUUGCCCAGGGCUGAGACUGACCACCUGGGCUGCAUCCAAAUAGGGCUCACUGCAAAUGCUUAGAAGACUGAACUCACAUUAGAACUGCAGGCUGCACAAUACGGAUUGUGACCCAAACCUAAUCAGGUUGGUUGCCUGCUGAAAGGAAAAAAAAAUCAAUAUUCUCCAGAAGACUUAAUUAAACCCAGGGUCUCAUAAUAUUUCAAAAUGUUCAGGAUGCAGUGCCGAGUUGCACAACAUGUGUAAAAGCAGGGAAAUUUCAGUGACUCAUAAGGGAAAAGAUAGACCAAUAUAAAGAUACAGAUGUUGGAAUCAAGAGACAAAAACUAAGGUAGGUAUAACAAUGCUUCAAGAGGUGUUAACAUUCUUGAAUAGAAAUACUGAAAUUCUCAACAGGAAAGUAAUGUUUUUAAAAAGGAGCCAAAUGGAAAUGGUAAAACUGAGAAGUACAGUAUCAAAAUUAAAAGAAAAAAAAUCAUUUGAAGGACUCAGUAGCAGAAUGGAGGUGACGGAGAAAAGAGUCAGUAAACUUGAAGAUAGAUCAAUACAUAUUAUCCAAACUGAAUAAGAAAAGGAAUUUAUGAUCAUAUCAAUUGAUGUUAGGAAAAGCAUUUAAGAAAAUAGAAUAUCCAUGGUAAAAACUCAGAAAAUUAAAGUGUAUCUAUAAAAAAUCCACAGCUAACAUCAUACUUAAUGGUGAUUGAUAGUCUUCCCUUUUAAGAUCAGGAACGAGUGAUGGAAAUCCAUUCUGAACACCCUGUUCAGCAUUACACUGGAAGCCGCUGCCAGUGCAGUCUAGUAAGAAAAAGAAACAAAGUCUUUGUUCAUAGAGAACAUGAUUUUCCAGUUAGAAAAUCCCAAGGACUCAACAAAAAAGAUGAGUUUAGCAAGGUCACAUGAUAUAAAUUCAACAUGCAAAAAUGAAUUUUCUAUGUACUAACAAAGAACAAUGGGAAAAUGAAUUUAAACAAAAUACCAUUUGCAGUAACCCAAGGAAAUGAAAGCUGUAGGUAUAAAUCUAACGAUAUGUUCACUGCCUUGAUGCUGAGAACUACAAAAUGCUAAUGAAUGGCAUUAGAGACAGCCUGAAGAAGACAUGGAGAGCUAUUCCAUGUUUAUGGAUUGGAAGACUCAAUUAAGAUGUCAGUUCUCAUCAGAUUAAUCUACAGAUUUAAUGCAAUUCCAAUAGAAAUUUGAUCAGGAAUCUUUUUGUAGUUACAGACAAGUAGAUUCUAAAGUUUAUGUGAGAAGGCAAAGGGACUGGAGUAGUAAAAACAAGUUUUGAAAAAGCAGAAUAAAGUUGAAGGACUCGAACUACCCAACUUUAGUUCGUAUUGUGUAGUGUAAUCAAGACAGUGUAUAUUGUUGAACGGAUAGAUGGGGUUAGUGGAACAGACAAGUCUAAAAUUAAAUUGGUGCAUUUAAACAUAUAUCCUGAAAAUUGAUAAGCCUCCCUCCAAGAGAUGGAGCUUAAUGCCCUGCCCUUAAGCAUGGGCUGGACUUAGUGACUCACUUCUAAUGAAUAGAAAAUGGUGGAAAUGAUGGUAUGUCGCUUAAAGUAUUUGGUUAUAAAGGGACUGGCUUCUGUCUGCACCAUGCACUCUUAGAUCACUCUUCCUUUGAGAAGCCAGCUGCCGUAUUGUCAGGAUACUCAGGCGGCUGACAGAGUCCUGUGCAGAAGGAAGUGAAGCCCCAGCCGACGGCCGGCAGGGAGCUGAGGCCUUCCAGCAAUCAUGCGAGUGAGCCUGGGAGCAGAUCCUCCCUCACUUGAGCCAUCAGAUGAGACUGCAGCCCAACAGCUUGCCUCGCAUUGUCUUGUGAAACAAUGACCCAGAGGCACCGAACCAAAACUCUCCCGGAUUCCUAACCCUUAGAAAGUGAGUGAGGUAGUAAAUAUUUGGUGUUUUAAACUGCUGAGUUUUGGGGUAAUAUGUUAUGUAGCAGUAGGUUACUAGUGAAUCUUGUUUUUACUUGGAGGUGAGGCAAAUCCUAAAAUUUGGAAGUGGCUUUGGAACUGCGCAGUGGUGUUAAGCUAAGUGGCCAUGUGCUAGAGAAAACCUAAAGUGCUCUGAAGAAACAGUUAAUAGAAGCCUGUGGUCUUUGAUAAGGCUGCAAAUGAGGAUUUGCAGAAAAGCAAAAUAAAUAUUAUUGGAAACUGGAGGAAGAAGAAUUCUUACGUAGUGGCAGGUAGUUUAGCAACACUGUCAUCCGCAGUAAUGUGGAAAGUAAAAAUGUGUCUAAUAUUAUCUUGCUAAGAAGAUAUCCAAGUAUAUGUUGCUGAUGCCACCUGGCUUCUUGUUGCUGAUAGUAAAAUGUGAGGAGAGAUAGAAACUAUAGAAUGUUAAACAAAAUGGAGCCAGGACUUGAUGGUUUUGGAAAUUCUCAGCCUUCCCAAGACACCAGAAAAUCCUAAAAUUAAGAAAUGGCUUCCAAGGAAAAAGAUCAAAUUCAGGGCACUGCAUGGCAGCCAUCCUCCAAUAAUGAAACUCUAGUGGGACUGUAAAAUCCUUUGUUAAGAUUUGAGAAAGUUCUACAGUGACGUCUCAGAGUACUUAUCAACCAGACAAAAAGCUGAGAAGAGAUGAAGGAUGUUCGUGACAGAUCGUUUCAGGUAGUGGGCUUCUAGGAAGCUUAAGGGAAUCCUCCCUCAACCGCCUCAGCUGCGAGCAGGGAGAGAAAGGAUCUGUGGGCAUGGAUUUGGUUAAUGGCAUGAACCCAAAAACAAUUCACAGGAACCUCAUGUAGUUUUUUAAAGGAUUGUAUAUACAGAAACGCCAGCUUAGACUGAAAGGACCGUGGCAGUGUAAAAUGAAAGGAAGCCUUUGGAUCCCCAAAAUUCUGCUGGCAGGAAGCAGGCUUAAGAAAAACAUAUGCUACCUUUCAUUUAAAAAGGGUAACUUAGAGGGCAGAAUCAAGAGCCCAAAGGCAAAAUGGCGAGCCCCAGUGUAUUACCAGACCUUGAUAUAUGAUCACGUCUGCCCAGCUGGAUUUCAGAUUUGCAGUCCGUGGCUUCUUUGUGCCUCCCAUGAGUGGUGGUUAUUCUGUGCCUGCCCCGCCAUUGUCUGCAUGUGCGCAGACCCCUUAUUUCUUCAGUUUCACAUAUUUACAGAUCAAGAAGGAACGUACUCCUGGUGCAGCACUUGAGGAGCUACACUUCAGAGGCCUCAUCCUUAUCUGGACCUGUUUAGUUAACAGAAUUAUGGAAUCCAGGCCCAAUGCUGUGAAGGGUGAGCUCUUGUUGGCCUUAGUAGAGGGUGAGUAUUUUGCAUGCGUUAGGAAUGUAAAUAAUUUGUAGCCAGAGGGCAGACUGUGGUAUUUUUAAGAACAUACUGACAAAUUCUUUGAUACUGUUCCCUUCAAGAGGUGGAGCUUAAUUCUCCUCUCCUUGAGUGUGGGCUGGACUUCGUGACUAAUAGAAUAUGGCGGAAAUGAUGGUAUGUCACUUCCAGGAUAAGCUCAUAAAAAGACUGCAACUCCUCUCUUGACCACACUCUUUUGGAGCCCUUAUUCCGGAGGAAGCCAGCCGCCAUAUCCCGAGGACACUCAGGCAGCCUAGGAGAGGCCUGAAUGGUGAGGAACUGACAUCUUUGCCCAGUAGCCAGGAAGCAACUGAGGCUGCCAGUAAUCCUGUGAAUUGUUUUGGAAGCUGGGCCUCCUUCAGUCAAGCUGCAAUCCAGCCGGCAAGUUAACUGCCACCUUUUUUGAAAGAACUAGAGCCCAAAAUACCAGCUAAGUUGCUUCCAGAUUCUUGACUGUCUGUAACUGUGAAACAAUAAAUGCUGUUUUAAGCUGUUA